UGUGAGGGGAAGGGGAGGGGGGGCUUGGGCUGUCUGGCCCAUGGAAGACAAGUCAUGAUAUAGCAGGAUGGACAGAGUGACAGAAGACACCCUGCGCCUCAAUCUCCUGAAGAGGGGCCUGGAGCAGGCGGAUGACCGCGAGGAUGUCCUGGCCAAGCAGCUGAAAAUGGAGGGACACGAGGCCAUGGAGAGGCUGAAGAUGCUGGCCCUGCUGAAGAGAAAAGAUUUCCCGGGCCUGGAACUGUCACAUGAGCACGCGGCAAAGCAGGACGGCCUGAAAAUGUAUGAGGAGAAGAUGAAUGGGAGCUUGCGGCCCCAUGUGGAAUCGCGGCCAGUAGCGCGUCACGGCAAGGAGAACAUCAACGAGGAGCCUGUAGACAUGAGUUCUAGGCGGAGUGACCAGGACCGGGCCGGCCUGACACCCUCGCCGGACAUCAUUGUACUGUCGGACAAUGAGGCCUCCAGCCCACGCUCAACUUCCCUCUUGGAAGACCGAAUUAAGGUGGCCAACCUGGAGUUGUUCAAGGGAAAAAAUCUAGAGGAACGCCAGCAAUUUAUCAAACAGCUGAAGGACGAACUGCGGUUGGAAGAGGCCAGGCUGGUCCUCCUGAAGAAGCUGCGACAGAGCCAGCUCCAAAAAGAGAACGUCCUGCAGAAGAACCCUGUGGUACAGAAUGCAGCUACAAUUGUUCAACCAUCCCCAGCUCACGUUGGGCAGCCCAGCCUGGCAAAGGUGCCCUCACGGCCGGGGGCUCCGGGAUUGGAGGUGCAGAAUCUGAGGAGUGUACAGACUCACAGCGUUAUCCGAUCAUCCUCAAAUGCACCCCUCCCCCACAUGAUGAUGUCACAGAGAGUCAUUGCCCCCAAUCCUACCCAGAUGCAGGGGCAGUGUGUGCCACCCAAAGCCAGCCUGAUCCGCAACAGCACACCAGGCAUGACCCAGGCCCUCAGCUACCCGCAGCAGUCCAGCUCCUCGGUCCCCUGCCAGCGCACAUCCUCCUCGGCCAUGUAUAUGAACCUGGGCUCUCAUAUGCAGGCGAGUUCCGUGAACAGAGUGUCUUCCCCGCUGCCCAGCCCCAGUUCCAUGGCGGAUCCCGUCAGCUCCCAAGCAGCUGCUAAGCUCGCCCUGCGGAAACAGCUGGAGAAGACGCUGCUGGAGAUCCCCCCUCCGAAGCCCCCCGCACCACUGCUCCACUUCCUGCCCAGUGCGGCCAACAGCGAGUUCAUCUACAUGGUGGGGCUGGAGGAAGUGGUGCAGAGUGUAAUAGACAGCCAGGGGAAGGGCUGCGCCUCACUCCUCCACAUCGACCCCUUCACAUGCGCUCAGUGUCGCACGGACUUCACGCCGCACUGGAAGCAGGAGAAGAGCGGGAAGAUCCUGUGCGAGCAAUGCAUGACGUCCAACCAGAAGAAGGCGCUGAAGGCGGAGCACACAAACCGGCUUAAGAACGCAUUUGUUAAAGCCUUGCAGCAAGAGCAGGAGAUUGAGCAGAGGUUACAGCACCAGGCGUCACUGUCACCAGGCAACGCGUCCUCGGUCAGCAAGCAGGACAGCAUCAUGAGGCAUCACUCGAUGAGACAGGCCACACAGCCGCAGAAUACGCUGCAGAGAGGGAUUCCCACCGCGCGCUCAAUGUUGUCCAACUUUGCCCAGGCCCCGCAGCUGCCCGUGGCAGGGAGUUUGCUUGGCAUGCCAGGUGUGAAUAUAGCGUACCUGAACGCCGGAAUGGGAGGUCACAAAGCCACCAGCCUUGCGGACCGGCAGCGGGAGUACCUCCUGGAUAUGAUCCCUCCACGUUCCAUAUCGCAGUCCAUUAGUGGGCAGAAAUAGCCCUUCCCUACAGCAGACAAACUGGCGGACAUUACGGACGUUGGGGCCUGGUAUCAGCCAGUCCCCUCCCUUCCCCCUUCCCAAGAGCAGCUUAUAAAGGUUCUGUGUUUGUGCUUUGCCCUCCCCUCAGACUGGCUUUGGUUUCGUUUUCAUUUUUUUUUUAUACAUUUCUUUAGCUGGUGCCACAUACGUAAUAUAACAUUAUUUGAGCUCUCCUGAUGAACGUUACGAGGCAGGGGGCUGACCAUGGGACCUGCCGGUGAUCCCGGACCAUCCCUAAGAGGCUCUGCAGGAAUAGCCACCGUUGGCUGGUGGUACCUUGCCAAUGGUUUUCCCACCGGAUGUCGGAGUGCCCAGCAGCGGGCUGUGAAUUUAAUGAAGUGUGGGGGAAUCCGGGGGAUGGCCAAGAGUGGCUCACCGCAUUUCAGACGCUCUGCAGUGCAGAGUAUUACUUUCCGUUAAACGGAAGAGGAUCCUUUAAUAUUUUUUUUUCCUCCAAGCCUUCUGUGGCCACCCUGCUUCUGCCGGAACCCUAUGGAUUGGUGUUGUAGGAAGUAUUUGCACUAACUGUGUGUCCACGACGCAGGCGGGCCGCCGGCUGCUGGAACCGUCUCUGGCCUCCCGGCAUCAACGGAUUAUAACCUGAGCUGUGGCUGGCGGCAGUGUCUGGCUCCCCCUGAUAAGAGGACCCCACCCCCACGUACCGCAGGCCAGCCCCCCACCCCCACAUGGAGAUGAUGUUUACUCACCCUUCUUGCAAGCAGUGUUUGGCAGCUGUUGUGGCUGAGCUACGAGGGGUACCGGGGAACCUCUCUGCAAGUAUGAAGCCCCCCAACCCUCGACCAUACCAGAGUGCCAUCUUUCUCUCGUGUUUACUGUGCUACGGGGAAACGCACAGUAUAAAAUUGCCCCGGUUGUAUUAACAAGGCAGACUGAGUUUGUCCUAAAAGCACUUAACCCUUUUAAAACCUUUCACCACUGGACGAUUUCUGCAAAGUGACGUUAUAUUGCAAGGCAACAAUGUCGCACUGUGAGAUAAUCAGUGUUAAUUUAGCAGCCUCGCUGCGCUCUACACAACCUGGACUGGGCCGACAGCCUCAAUCUACAGGAAUAUUGUCUUAUCAUAUGGAGUGUGGGGGGGGGGGGGGGGAGCACUACAGGUAACACCCUGAUUUACUGCAGCAGCUCUCACGACCCUGCCCCUUUACUUCCCUGCAGUACACUGUAAUAUCCACUAGGUGGCGAACUUCAGAACAAAUGAGAGCUAUACUGAACAGGUGUAUGUAGAUUGCAUGCAGUGAGGGGGCUGGUGUCGGUGCUACGUUGCUGUGCGUCCUUCAUCUUCUGUUAGCCGCUGGAUACACGCCACCUCUAGUGUGGCGGGGUCCCCUGGAACAGCCCACCGUUACCCGAUCACAGCGGAGGAUGCACAGAUAGUGGGGGGAGGUCAGUGAGAGCGGUGUGUGCACUAGAUGAUGAUAUGUUCCCCCUCCUUGCGCCCUGUUUUGUAUUCAGUUUCUCCUACCUGAAAAGUGACAGUUCUCCCACACCCACGCGGGCAGCUAAGAGCGGUGUAGUGUGACAGCCGCUGAGACUUUACAGGUUACGUCGUUUUCUCUGUCCAGAGCUGGGAAUCCACUUUCUCCUACAAGUUGCAAGAAUCCGCGGAGGAGGAGGGCCUUCAGUGACCCCACCCCAGUCCCCUACCUGCCCCUGCACCCCCUUUUAUGCAAUGACGUUCUGUUACCACCCCUCGUUCAGAUUUUCAGUUCUUUAUAAGAAAGAAAAAGCAGCAAAGAAAGACAUUGUUGUUACAUUGGGGUUCGAUGCUCCGACCCUUGACCUUCUCAGUCUGUAAAAAGCUAUUUCUGGACAAGUUUAAAUAUGGGGGGGGGGGGGAUGACAUAAAAUGUUGUAUAUUAUGUAUAAAACAGAACUGGUCGGAUGAAUACACAACAAUCCAGAGCUUAAUAGUGUGAGGCGUUUGUCACUGUGUAUUGUGGUCUGUGUACUUGGCAUGCCUAUGCAAAAGGCAGCGUGCGCUAAGCGUCGCCUCCAUUACAGCAUCCAUCCUCCGCCCCCACCUUUGGUUUAUUGGAUCAUAAAUAAAUGUGUCCAUUUAAUGGAUCCUAAAGACGUAUAUCGGCAAUCUUCUACACAUCAGUCGUCGCUGCUCCUCGUCUCUCCUCAUCCUCAAUGAAUUAAUACGAGCUCGGGGAUGAUGGCAGCCACAUUGGGAGGGGGGCAUGGGGAAACGCUGCCUUUUGCACUGUGGAGGUACCCCCCCCCCCGCAAAUUUUAUUUCCCCCUCCAGUUUCCACAUUGUGUUUUUGCAAUUUUGGUUUCAGAGGCUGCAAGCCGUGUUAUCUCCUUCCAGAGCCCGCCCCCCCGACAGUGACCGACUUCUGCAGAAGAGAAAAAUAAUAUGAAAAAACAUAAGUCAAGUACUUUUUUUUUUUUUUUUGGAGAAAGGAUUUAAAAAACAAAAAAAAGACAAAAACAAAACCCUUUGUAAUAUUUAUCACUUGCAAGCUUCGUUUAAUAAAGAAAGGAACAGUUUAUAACUUUU